AUGAUUAUUGCCAGGAAAGUCAAAAGUACCCCAUACAAUGAAAAUACAUGCGAUGAAUUUGGUCAUAUGAUGAACCUGUGGAAUGAUGAACUUGGCAUUGGAAAAGGGGAAGAACACUCAAAUCCGCUAACACCAUCUCGCUCAAACACCCCUACCUCAGACAUCCCUCAAACGGGUUUAGCAAACUUUCCAAAUCACAUGCACAGUUACUAUGGACCAGUGCCUACAUGGUCACCAGCAUUUCUGCCAUAUCCAGAUGGCAGCCAAUAUCCCAGUAACAUUCAGAAUAUUGGUUACCCAUUUCAAUAUGGGAUUGGACCUCCGACUCCUCACAUCACUACAAGCUCCACAACGAGCGCAAGGGGUUGUUCAGAGGAUAGACCCGAUUGUAGGGAAACUGAAGUGCCAUGUACAAACUCAAUUGUUGAUGAAGAAAGUCAAGAAGAUAGACCCGAAUCACGGGAAACCGACGAUUGCACUAUUGGUUCACCACAGUUAGUGCAAACGGAUGGUGAUGAUAUAAUUGAGGAGCCAAGGUCUGGGAUAGAAUUCAAUUCUUUUGAAGAUUUACAUAUCUAUUAUAAGGAUUAUGCUAAGAAAUGCGGGUUUGGGGUGAUGACACAAAGGAGUGAGAGGGGAGAUGAUCAAAGUAUCAGAUAUGUCACUCUUAGUUGUGCCCGUGGAGGGAAGGCCCGGAUUAAGAGUUUGAACGUCGCAGCACCACGCCCGACGGGAAAGACGGAUUGUAAGGCAGCAAUGAUUAAUGCCUUAAAGGUUGAUGGAAAGAUGCGGUUGACAAUAGUCCAUAAUACACAUAAUCACGGCCUCAGUCCAAAGAAAUCUCGCUUAUUUCGUUGUAACAGAGAAGUGGCUUCGAGAACCUCCCCCUUUUUGGAAAAGGAUUAUCGCAAUUAUAUAGACAAGGCACGUCAUCUACGACUUGGUGCAGAUCCACGCAGUAGGGCGGCCUACCAGUAUUUUGGUGAUGUCGUCACAUUCGACACCACAUACCUCACGAAUAGAUAUGAGAUGCCAUUUGCACCAUUUGUUGGUGUAAACCACCACGGACAAUCUAUUCUUUUGGGAGCAGGGUUGAUUUCAAGUGAGGAUACAGAGACAUUUACAUGGUUAUUCCAGACCUGGUUGCAGUGUAUGGAUGGUAUACCUCCAAAAGCUAUUAUUACUGAUCAAGAUAGAGCAAUGAAAAACACAAUUGCUAAUGUCUUUCCAGAAAGUCGGCAUAGAUUCUGUUUAUGGCAUAUACUAAAGAAAGUUCACGAGAGGCUUGGGUCAUAUGUUGCCUACAAAAGUGGACUAAAAAGUCACUUAAUGAAAUGUGUGUAUGACACUCAAACAAUUGAGGAGUUUGAGAAAUGUUGGGAUGGGUUACUUAACACAUACGAUUUACAUGAGAAUGUCUGGUUGAAAAGUUUAUAUGAUGAGCAUCAGCAUUGGGUACCAGUAUUCUUAAAAGAGUACUUCUAG